GAGAUAUAGAGAGAAUGUUGAAGUGUGGCUCCAUUAUGGCUUCAAAUUUUCAUGGCUUCUUCUUUAUCUUCAUCUUCAUCAUCUUUAGUUAUUUGACAUUAUUUGUGGAAGCUGCGGCUUUGGUUCCUGCCAUGUUUGUAUUUGGAGACUCAUUAGUGGAUGUUGGUAACAACAAUUAUCUUAAUUUUUCAUCACCCAAAGCCAACUUUUAUCCUAAUGGUAUUGACUUUCCCACCGGAAAACCCACCGGAAGGUUCUGCAAUGGCAAGAAUCCGGCUGAUUUUCUUGCUGAGAAAGUGGGUUUGGCUAGUGCACCAUCAUAUCUUUCAAUUAUUGAGAAUAGCAGUCGUCAUACACAUAACAUCAAUAGAGGCAUCAACUUUGCUUUCGGAGGAGCCACGAUCAUUCCACAAUCAAAUCAAAUAAUUAUUUGGGAGUGAAUAAAGCAAAAGCAUAUACUUCCAAAUCUCUAUAUUUUAUAGAAAUUGGAAGCAAUGACAUAUUUGCCUACUUUGCAUCAACCAACCUUCGGAAAACCUACAUUCCUCCACAAUAUUUGGACUUAAUGUUUCACCAUUUCGAGAAGCAAUUAAAGGUAUGUUGUCAAAGAUGUUUAUAUGUUAUUCUUUUUGUACCUUGCUAUAUUUUAUUAUAACAAAACAAUAAUUUACUAACCUCAUUGGAUAACAUAUAUACAUCAUUCCAAUUUCUACAAACUAUGGAAUGAGAGAUAACUAGCAAAAUAGAGAGAAUUUCUUAUUGAUA